AUGCCGCCCCGCCCCGCCUCGCCUCGCCUCGCCUCGCCUCGACCGGCGUUCCCGAUGGCGAUCACACCACGGCUCCCCACCCCCACCCUCUCCUCCGCCGGCCUUGUGGCCGUUAGGACAGCCGGGCCCGUGACGCACGGACGCGGCGCCAGCGUCCGGCCCAGGAACCCCGGCUCUAGGCCCUGCCGGCCACCCGCCCUCGCCCCAGGGCCUCUCCUGAGUCCCUCCGGGACUGCCCGGAUCUGCGGUGAGCCCCUCGCUCGCCCGCCCGCCGUGCCGCUCCCGCGCACAACCUCGAAGAGCUGGCCCGCGCCUCGGCGGUGCUCACCAGGCCUCGCUCUCCGCCGCCUCGCACCGAGCAGCGAGACUCAGCUCAGCCGGCGUUCGCAGUGCGCCUGCGUGCGGGGGCCGGCCCGAGCGCCUACGCGCGCCCCUCCGGCGCUUGCCGCAGAGGCUGCCGGGAGACGUAGUCUUGUAACGCUCUCUCGCCGGACAUUCCUAACGGGUCUUGCUCUGUCACCUAGGCUGGAGUGCAGUUGCUCUAUCAUGACUCACUGCAGCCUCAAAUGCUUGGACUUGAGCAAUCCUUCAGGCUAAAAGGUUUAUGAAGACAUUUGUCUUGUCCGGCAUCAUAUCCUGGGACCCACAAAGUGACUGAAAUAUAUCUGGUGGUCAAUAUAUAUUUGCAUCUUUCAAUUUAGACCGGCCACACUUCAAGUGCUCAAUAGCCGCAUGUAGCUAGCGGCUACAAUAUUGAACAGUGCAGCUCUGGAAAUUUAAAAAGAGGUUCCAGUGGAAAUCAUAAUGGCAGUUCAGAGAAGGGAAAAUGCUCUACGACCUGGAACAGGAAAAGCUAUAUGGAGGAGUUGAGACUAGAGCCUGGUCAUGAAGGAUGCAGGAGGUUUUUACAUAUUUAGAAGAAGAGGAUGAUAACAAAGUGGUGAGACUGAGAACAGCAUUCAAAGAACAGUAAAGAAGACCGAGCUUAUGAGUGAGUGAAGCCCACUGGAGAGUGUUUGAAGAAAGAGGAAAUGCCACUAGAGCCUGUGAGGGGGGUGUAUUAUUGAAUUUGUGAUAAACAUCCUUGACCUAAUGAUAGGGGUAUAUCUGGUUAAAAGUCAGAAAAUCUGGGAAAAAAUACUUUGUUAUGAUUUUCCAUCUAAUAGGAAUUAAAGAUUAUGAAUUUUUAGAA